AUGGAUCUGGCAAACGAUCUCCAGGAAGAGCUGACCUGCUCUGUCUGCAUGGAUUACUUCAUUGACCCCGUGACCAUCAGCUGUGGACACAGUUUCUGCCAUCUGUGUCUCCUCAAGUGUUGGGAGGACACCCAGACAUCCUUCUCCUGUCCAGAGUGCCGUGGGGCCUGUGAUCUGAAAGAUUUCCAGAUCAAUCUGCGUCUGAAGAAGCUGGCAAUAAUUGGGAAACAGCUCAGACCCCGCCUACUUAAGAAUUCGACUGGAGAGGGACUAUGCGGGAGGCACCAGCAGGCCCUAAAGCUGUUCUGCCAGCAGGAUGGAAGUCUAAUCUGUGUGUCAUGUUUCAAUUCUGAGGCUCACAGAGAUCACAGUGUGUAUCCCAUUGAGGAUUCGGCUGACUUCUACAGGGGAACAUUCCAGGAGCUUCUUAAUCAUUUAUGGAAAGAAAUGGAGCAAGUUCAGGCACUGCUGUCCAAAGAGAGGAAAAAAAUUAGAACGUGGAAGGAGGAAAUACAGAUUUGGAGACAGAAUAUCGUGAUUGAAUUUGAGAAAAUGCACCAAUUCCUGGAUGAGGAGGAAGAAAAAUGUGGAUGUGAGAGGAACAUUGUUCAGGAGUUCAGCCAUGCUGCAGCAAUGGCCAGAAGCCUGCUCUUUGGAGCUGAGUGUGUGCUCUAUCCCUGGGAUAAGGGAAAUGCUCAGCAAACAUGCCGAAAUGAGUUCCUGGAAGGCCCUAAGAAAAAGACCAUAAGAGAACUCUCUCUCUUCCCCAAUAACAUGGACCUGCCCAUGGAUUCAGUUAACUCUGAGACUCCUGAUGUGAGGUUCUCCUCUCAGCCUCUGGAAUAUCUGGAUGUAACUCUGGACCCAAGCACAGCCAGUCCAUAUGUCAUCGUGUCUCAGGAUCGGAGAAGUGUGAGAAUCGCGGAGACCCCGCCCGAUGUGCCCAACCACCAAGACAGAUUUGACAACUGUACCAGCGUCCUGGGCUCCCAAGCGUUCACAUCAGGACGGCACUAUUGGGAGGUGGAAGUGGGGGACAAGGCAGAGUGGGAGGUGGCUGUGAGUUAUGAGUUUAGGGGUCAAAAGCAUCGCAUGCGAUUCUUGCAAGAGAAGACAUUCUCACUUUUCAGCACCCAUAGUGGAAAUGGGGACGGUCCCUGCAUUACAUUCCCUGGUAACAGGGUGCCUGUUCGCCGGGUUGGGGUGUUCCUGGAUUAUGAAGCCGGAAUCCUCUCCUUCUACAAUGCCACAGAGAGCUACCUCAUCUACAGCUUCCUCCCUACCCGCUUCUCUGGACCAGUGCGACCCAUCUUCUCCCCAUGUCUCAUGUAUGGGCAACAUGAUCAAGAGCCAAUUACCAUCUGCCCGGUGAAUGACAUCAUUCUUUGA